UGGCUAUUAGUUAUCAUCAAACAUUUAUGCAGGAUCACAACACACCCGUCCGACAUCAACAAUGUACGCUAAGAUAAUUGUCCUGAUAUUGCUAGCUUUAACAACACUAGCAUGUGGACGAUCAGGAAGACCCAAUAAGAUUGAGACUCGCUACGACCCCACAUGGGAGUCCCUAGAUUCCAGGCCAUUACCGACCUGGUAUGAUGAAGCUAAAGUGGGAAUCUUUGUGUCCUGGGGACUAUUUUCAGUACCAAGUUUUGGAAACGAGUGGUUUUGGGAACGUUGGCAAGGAGAAAAGAAUCCAAUGUAUGUGCAGUACAUGCAGGAAAACUAUAAACCUGACUUCACCUAUGCUGACUUCGCAAGUGACUUCACGGCCGAGUUUUAUGAUGCUGAAGCUUGGGCCGAGUUGUUUGCUGCUUCUGGGGCUAAAUACAUUGUGUUUAUAACAAAACAUCAUGGAGGGUUUUGCAACUGGCCUACUAAUGUCAGUUUUAACUGGAACUCAAUGAUGGUUGGGCCAAAGAGAGAUCUUGUUGGUGAGAUAUCUGAUGCAUUGAAAUCAAAGACGGAUCUGCACCUUGGCCUGUACCACUCUCUCUUUGAGUGGUUCCACCCUCUCUAUCUACAGGACAAGGCUAACAAGUUCACCACCUCCAGGUUUGUCGAGGAAAAGACUAUUCCUGAGCUGUACGAGCUUGUGAACAACUACAAGCCUGACAUUGUGUGGUCUGACGGAGAUUGGGAGGCCUCAGAUACCUACUGGGGGUCCAAGGAGUUUCUGGCCUGGCUCUACAAUGACAGCCCAGUGAAAGAGAAGGUGGUCACCAAUGAUAGAUGGGGAGACGGAGACCAUUGUCAACAUGGGGGUUUCUUGACAUGCCAUGACAGGUACAAUCCAGGAGUACUUCAGCCUAGAAAGUGGGAGGAUGCGAUGACCAUUGACAAGAAAUCGUGGGGAUUCCGUCGAGAGGCUGUUCUGGAUGAUUAUCUGACCAUGGAAGAGAUUAUAGCAGUGCUAGUUGAAACUGUCAGCUGUGGAGGGAACCUGCUGAUCAAUGUGGGUCCAACCAAAUAUGGCAUGAUUAGUCCCAUCUAUGAGGAGAGACUGCGUCAGAUGGGACAAUGGCUGAAGGUGAAUGGGGAGGCCAUCUACGCCUCCAGACCCUGGCUGGCCCAGAAUGACACAGUCACACCAGGCGUGUGGUACACACAGAGAGCUGGGAUCGUGUAUGCCAUAGUGCUGAACUGGCCACACCCAGGUCAACUCCACCUAGGAUCAGCUUUGCCAACUAAUGGAACACAAGUCAACCUCCUUGGGUACACUGGAAGCUUCUCCUGGCAGUAUGCUUCGCCCAAAGGAAUCAGUAUCACAAUCCCUCCCAUCCCUGUCAACAAGAUGCCAUGUCAGUGGGGAUGGGUCUUCGCGCUGACAUAAAUCGUCGAUGAUAGAACGGGUAUUUGCAAGGACAUUAAUGAUAAACCAUGGGACAAUCUUUCGCACUAACAUAACUUGUUAACAAUUACUGGGAUGUACCUUCACGAUGAUAUGGACGGUAAACAAUGGGAUGAUCGUUACAGUGACAUGAAUGGUUGACAAUUAAUAGGAUUGACCUUCACAAUCAAAUGAUUGACACUAGGAUGGGUCCAAAUAUAAUAAUAUACGUAUCUUAUAUAACUUACAUUAUUGUAUUACAAAUAAAAGUUAUUUUGACAUAAAAUAAAUGCUACCUUGACUGCAUGCAUGUAAACACUAACGUCACUAUAUUUAGUGUGUUUGUUUCUUUGUUAAAUAUAAUAUAUUAACUAUGAGUAUGGUAGCUGUGACAUAUUGACGCUAAACGUGCAUGACGCAAAUUCCAUGGUGAAAGUUAUGAAUGUUACUUUGCAAUUGUGACAUGUAUGUGUGCCCGAAAUAAAAUAUCCUAUUCUUGUGAUUGGAUUUGAACC